GCAUACGUAUUUUUGGGUUUUUUUCUUUUUUUGGGUGUUGCUAGUCUCUCUGUUGCCAACUUCCUCUUUCGAUGUUGCAACACCAUUUGCAUUUCUGUCUUCUCAUUUUCAACGUGUUCUUUGAUAACGCUCUCCAACUGUGAGGAUGAAGUUUUGCUUUCUGGCUUGGUCGCUGCCGCUUUUGGCGUUUGGGCAAAAAAUGGAGCUCGAGGAACCGUGCCGGAGUCCGAGAGGGGACAGUCCCUUUGGAGGCAUAGAAGACAGUUGUAAGAUUUCUGAACAUAAACAAGAUCUGUCGGAUGCCGAAUGUUGUAUGACGCAUGUCAACAGUAUCCUGGAUAAAGGGAACAACUUUGACGUCCAAUUGAUUUCGCGCCUGGAGAAAUCACUGGAGCGGACGGAGGUGGAAAAGACAGUGCCCCUGUUUUUGGGCCACUUGAUCGCCGUCAUGUUCAAACCCAGAGUUACCUUUUCUGAUCUGCACCUUUCUGUCAGCGGCCGUGAGAUCGGAGAAGGCGUGACGGUCAACAAUAGCAUAGUGGAUGUGCGGCUGCCCGCAGAGUUGCACACCAGUUCGAACGGCACUAUCUUGUUGUGCAUGGUCACCUAUCCUCGAUCCAUUUGGAACGUCACCUCACCAGAACUCUACCGGAACCGGCUGCUAGGUUUGAGCAUGGCAGGAAAAAACGUCACGGGAUUGCAGAAGUGUGUGAACAUUACUGUCCAUAAUGUUGCCGUCAACGAAAGCCAAAGCCCCAGAUGUGCCUUCUUGAAUUUCUCCACAAACGCGUUCAGUAGCAGCGGCUGUCAGACUGUCUGGCGACGUGGACAAAAUCAUGUGACUUGCUCAUGUGACCACCUCACCUACUUUGGCAUCCUCAUUGUGUCCGCUCAACUCUCGGAGACGGACGAGGCGGUGAUGUCGUACGUCACCGUGAUCGGUUGCAGCCUCUCGCUCGUCGCCCUCGGCGUCACGCUGAUACUCUUCGCCUCUAAAAGAAAGAUCCGUGAGGACGUGUCCAUGAAGGUGCACGUCCACCUGGCGCUGGCACUCAUUCUACUCAAUGCACACUUCCUGGGUAGCCAGGCGGCAGCGGCGGCGUCCAACGGGGUCUGCUUGUACGUGGCGCUAGCGCUGCACUACUCCCUGCUGGCCACCUUCAGUUGGAUGGCGCUAGAGAGCUUCCAUCUCUACCUGCUUCUCGUGCGCGUCUUCAACAUCUACAUUCGCAGAUACAUGCUCAAGCUCGGCCUGGUGGGAUGGAGCAUGCCCGCCGCCAUAGUGAUCGUGGCAUUCCUGGUCCAACCAGAUGCUUACGGGCAUGUAGCCCUGGAUGCGAAUAAUCCUAGAAGCACCCGAAUAUGCUACCUGGCGGAUGGCAACCUGAAGACGGUCAGCACGUUGGGCGUCUUCAGCAUUGUGUUCGCCUUCAACCUCAUCAUGUUGCUCUUCACCAUCCAUCGUUUGAUCGGAUUCACACACCGCAAACAGUUCGGACCGAACGAGCGCGGGCGAGCAAAGCAGAACAUUCUGACGGUGUUGGGCCUGGCCACUCUGCUGGGCAUCACCUGGGGCCUGGUGUUCUUCUCCUUCGGCCACUUGACGACCGUGGGCCUCUACCUCUUCUGCUUCCUGAACCCGCUCCAAGGUUUCUUCAUCUUCUUGUGGUUCGUCAUGUCGUGGAGGAAGUUGGCACCCAACACGGCGAGCAGUAAAACGCCAAGCGCGAGCGGCUGAGAACCUUGAUUUGACAAAUAAAUCAUACGCUGGCUGUUUUAUAAAUCUCUCGCUCUUUUGUUCAAUUCCUACUGAUAUUGUACACACAUCAGAUGUUUACCAUUUCUUGGCUCUGUGUAACAAUACCAUUUUAUGAAAAUAGUUUU